UCAGGUAGAGCGACAGCAGCAGCCUCGGUCCGUUGACACUUGUCGUCGCCUCUGACUCACGGCUAACGUUAGCUCGGCUCGGGCCCGUGUGGGUUGGGUUGGUGCGUUACCUUCCUAUCUUGUACAGAAAGUAUUAUGGCGGCCGCGGAUCCCCGGUCCUCGAGUGACGGCGGGCCGGCCAGCAGAGGAGGAUUCCCGGCCGGGGAGAGCAGCAACGACCGCGACGGACCGGGCGGCAGCAGCAGCGGCGGCAGCGGGGAGGGCGAACGGGAGCGGGACCGCGCCACCUUCGAGUGCAACAUUUGUUUGGACACUGCCAGGGACGCUGUCAUCAGUAUGUGCGGCCACUUGUUCUGCUGGCCGUGUCUUCAUCAAUGGCUGGAGACCCGGCCCAGCAGGCAGCAGUGUCCCGUCUGUAAAGCGGGCAUCAGCAGAGAGAAAGUCAUCCCGCUGUACGGCCGAGGGAGCUCCAGCCAAGAGGACCCCAGGUUGAAAACUCCCCCUCGGCCUCAGGGACAGAGAACAGAGCCGGAGAGUCGAGGCGGGAUGUUCCAGGGUUUCGGGGACACCGGCUUUCACAUGUCUUUCGGCAUCGGCGCCUUCCCCUUCGGCUUCUUCACCACAGUCUUCAACACCAACGACCCCUUUCACAGAACAGACCAGUAUGCAGGUGAUCACCAAGGCAACGGUAACCUCAACAACGGCAAUAACAACUGGCAAGACUCCCUCUUCCUGUUUGUGGCCAUCUUCUUCUUCUUCUGGCUGCUGAGCGUGUGAUGGAGACCGGACGGGAUGGAUGGAUGGAUGGAUGGACGAGUGGAUCGAUGACUGGGAGGGAGGAGCACAAAAAAAAGCAAAAAAAAAAAGAAACCCUUACACACUUAACUCGAGCCACAGACACACACUCAUUCUACAUCCCCGAGCAGGUACUAACUUGGGAGAGAAAGCAAAUCUUUAUUUUUUUGUGUUUGAUUCCGAAACGAGAAAUACAGGAAGUAGUUUUUUUCUCCUCCUGGCAAAGGCAGAUUCGCUUUAAGAAAGUCAGCCCCAACCACCUGCUUCUUUGAUUUUGUUUAUGCAAGAAACGCUCGCUGGAAAGAAGCGUAAUCCCAGAAUAAGUCACGUUAGCCCUCCCUGUCUCCAUGCACCUGUAGAUGUACGCACACAGACAACUAAAGGUGGACACUGAAAGAUUAAGGGGCUCACUGCUGGGGUUCGGAGACAGUAUUAAGGGAUCAGGGUGAGCUUUGUAAAGGAUCUUUAUUUUAUUUUAUGUGUCGAGCUGCAGAAAGAGUCGGGUGGAGGAUAAUUCGGGGCUGUGAGUAGUUAUGUUUUGGUUUCUCACAUUCCUCUUGAAGGAGUCACUGGUGUAUUCUUUAAACAGAGAGCUGGAGGCAUGUUGUGGAGAGUUUAAGUGGGGUUAAAAACGGGGAAGCGAGGGAAGGGUGUGAGAUAAGGUGGUGUUUGCUAUGGCAACUCUUUCUUACUCCAACAGGCCAAAGAAUAGCGGAUCAGUCACGUAAGGUGUCGGGGUGAAAAGCAUGUUCCUGUUUACAGUUUCCUCAUGAAAUGAGCUAAGUACUCCUAGAAUUUGCGGCUUCCUCUUGAAAGCAGACAGACAGAUAGCACAGAUGGAUGCAUUUUUUUAAUAUACAUUUGUCUUAAAAACUGCCAUUGCACUGUGAAGUCAUUUGUAGACGGAGCUGUCCUUAAGAUUGGUGUGUGUGUGUGCUGGUGUUGAACCGCUUGUCGCGUCUUUCCCCACAAAGCUUUACAAACACGUGUGCGCCGUUUAAAGGGCCAGUUUGGGAGAUUUCCGCAUUAACACGAGCAACUCUAGAGUGAAAAAUCCAAUCUGACGCACGCGGUUUGUUAAUUACAGAGCCAAUUUGUCAAGAAGAGAGAGAGUCCGGCAAAUAAAGUUGCUCGUUAAGAUACAUCGACAGGAAGUAGAAUUGAUGCAGCGCAACCAAUCAGAAGAGCCCUUUCAGUGCAGCAGCACAUGAAGGGGUUCCAGGAAUGACAAGCAGCAACUCAAUAAACUUUCUGUCAGUUGUUUUUCCCCCCUGACUGUAUGUGUCUGUCUGAGUGAGUGUGUUCUACAUUAUAUAUUUGUAUAUAUGAAUAUUGUAAAUGCUGUUUUUACGUCUUUUCUGAGUGGACGACCAGCCAUGGAGAGCGAGAGAGGACGAGAUGGCCUCAAUGUGCUUUUGUAAAGCGACGAGAGAUCUGGUUCCUGGUUUUCAGAAAUCCCUUCCCUUUUACUAACUCGAGAAGAAAAAAAAAAAACGCUUGCAGCCCAAGUUCGUAACUCUUCUGCCAACCUC